AUGGACGAGAAGCGCCCAAGCACGUCGUCCGGCAGGUUGAGUGGCCUUCCUCGACCGUCUUCUCGACUUCCACUGCCACGAACAUCGGGGCUUCUAACAGCUCCGGGAGGAGGAGGAGGAGCAGGAACAGGAGUCAUUCGGCCGUCUCCGUCUAAAGAGGGCCUGCGAGGAUUGACCCAGUCAACCAUCAGCGAUAUUCGAGCAGCCAAUCCGCGACUACGUGCCAGCUCCUCUCGAGACAAGCUCAAUAAUGCAUCUGCCAAUGCGAACGCCCUGCGAAAACCCCAGAGGUCUGUUGCGCCACCAGUAAGCUCACAGGCCGCAGUUCGAGGUGUUAGAAAUCGAAGUGCGUCCCGAGAGCCUGCCCCUGUGCCCCGCGAAAACGAUGAUGGUCGCUUCAAACGACCUCUUGCUCCUAGAAGAAAACAAUCAGGCCAGCUCUCAGUCGCUACGUCACAAGUUACCACCGCGUUGGAAGGAGAUUAUCUACAAGAUGCUCUGCCAAUUUUGAUGAGCUCGACGGAAGAGGGCGUCACAUUUGACACAAUACGGUCACAAGCAAAGCAGACAAGACCGUCACUGUCGGAGAGAACCAUCGAAACUCUUUCUCGGCUGCCCUCUUCUCCAGCUUUCAAACGACACGAGUCAGACUUCUUCGGAUCAGAUGGAGCUAGAAGGCCAUCAUCCCGUGCGGGCAGUGGUGGCUCACGCCCCGGUUCCAGCUAUCAAUCUGACGGGUCAACCGGUAUGCCGCUGAGUCGGCCGGGAUCAAGCUCUGGUCCAUCAGACGGUCUACACACCAAUUCGAGGGCACCGACGAACACCUACAAGCCUCCACUGUUGACAGUACAGGAUACUCCCAAUCAAAGAACAACUGCUAUGAAGACUCCUUCAAUUAAACCUAGUAACAGUCUUAAGUUAACGUCUGCUUCUAGCAAGCUGCAGUCGAGACCAUCAUUAUCUGCGUCCAUAGGACCACGCACACCGAGCCCCGAGAAGCAGGUGGCGGCAUCUGUGUCCAGGUACGGCUCGAAGACCCUGGCCGCCCGUCCAUUGAAGCCGCGAGCUUCCAUACAUGGACUGUUCAAGAAACCUUCCAUGUCAUCACUGGACAAGCCCGCCGCUACAUCAGAGCUGUCCGUUCGUACUCCCCAGAAGGCUUCUCGGGCAUCCCUGUCAGUCAAGUCCACUGCAACAUCUGGGGAGGAUCGGACUCUGUCUAGUGCUUCGAUGGUGUCUACGGCGCUAACCGUCGAUUCGGUGGAAGAAGCCCCCGCUACGACAGCUAGGAAAUCGUCGGCAGCAUUGCGGGAGCAGAUCGCCAAGGCAAAGGCAGCCAGGCGCACAGCUUCCAGGCAAGUUUCGGGAGCUGCUAUGCCUUCCACAGAGGAAACGCUAGUGGUUUCUACAAACUUCGAACUCUCUGAUGAUCCCUUUGGGCAGAAGCAGCUUGAGAGCUCCAACCGCAAGGUUUUGGCGUCACGUAUCAGCCAGGCGCGGACCUCCGGCAAGCUUAACAUUGGUGCAAUGGGCUUGAAGGAAAUCCCCGAGGAGGUCUUGAAGAUGUAUGAUCUUGACACCAUUGGUCAGAAUGAUGUUAGCUGGGCGGAGACUGUGGACUUGACUAGGUUCGUCGCGGCCGGCAACGAACUCGAGACGAUCGACGUCUCGGUAUUCCCCGACAUCGACCCCAGCGCUGUUGCAGAUGAUGAGGAUAGCCAAGGACACCAAUUUGCUGGCUUAGAGAGUCUGGAUUUGCAUGGCAACACCCUAAUUUCAGUGCCUAUGGGCUUGAGACGCCUUCAUCAGCUCACAUCGUUGAACCUGGCGCAGAACAAACUGGCAAACAACUGCCUCGAGGUUAUCUCUCAGAUCUCUACCCUUCGAGACCUGAAGCUGGGAAAUAAUUUGCUCUGCGGACCCAUCGAUCCUUGUUUCUCGAACCUCGAGAAUUUGGAGAUCCUGGAUUUGCGAGGAAAUAACAUCACAGCCCUUCCAGAGGGUGUGGGGAACCUUUCUCGGCUGCGCAUACUGAAUUUGAACCAGAAUUCCUUCGAAUCGCUGCCGUUCAAGAGCCUCUCGAAGUUGCCACUCACGGAGUUGCUCGCUCACAAGAACAAGCUGAAGGGCACGCUGAUUGAGGCGGACGUCGACUGCCUGAACCAACUGCACACGUUGGACGUCUCGGCGAACCAGCUUACGCUUUUGGAACCAAUAGAUACUGCAAAACCGGUGUCCUUACCUUCACUUCAUCAACUGACCCUGUCCAUGAAUCGACUGACGAUGUUGCCCGACAUGACUUCGUGGAAGAACCUGCUGAGUCUGACUGCUGAUGAGAAUAGCAUCGCAGCUAUCCCUACAGGCUUUACUGGCCUGGAGAAACUGCGACAUGUUGACUUCACCAGCAAUGAUAUCCGCGUCAUCCCACCAGAGAUUGCUCGUAUGGAUGGACUCGCGUUGCUUAGAAUUACCGGAAAUCCUCUCAGAGACAAGAAGUUCACGUCGCUCACCACCGAGGAGCUCAAAGCAACUCUGGCAUUGAGGUUGGAGCCAAUCCCCGCAGAGGAUGAUGGCGGCAUUGAGCAGUUCGGCAAUGGGUUCGAUCCUUCAGGUGGCAGAUCGCGCGCCGGUUACCAACCUAGCACCGAGACCGCUGUGACAAGUUUGGAUGAUAACGACAGCAGUCGCUCAGAAAAUGACGACUUUGCUACUCCGCCAACCUCGGCUCCUGCCUCUCCAGUUAGAUCUCGAUCGCAGACUAUCAGCAAUCAGACGUGGCCCAUCAAGAAUGGUGGCAUUCUGGAUCGGUCCAACACGCAAUCAUCAUCGCUCCAUCCCGUCAUCUGCUCUAAGAUCGCAGCUAGCCAGGGCAUCCGCGAGAUCCGACUGCAGCACAACACUUUUACGAGCUUUCCCAACUCACUUUCCUUUUUUUCUGACACGCUCACCUCGCUUUCGAUGUCACACAACCAGCUUGUGGGCGAGAGCUUUCUCAACGAAGAGCUCGACUUAACAGCGCUAAAGGAGCUGGAUCUAUCCCACAAUCACAUUACCGGCCUCGGGCCGCUGACCACGAACCUGCGAGCUCCUAACCUGCAGAGGUUGGACGUUUCUUGCAAUCGCAUUGUCGGACUCCCUGUGCUGCGAGACUUCUUUCCAAGUCUGUCCAUUUUUCUCGCUGCAAAUAAUCACAUGGAAGAAUUGGACCCAGACACCAUCAAGGGGAUGAAGAUAGUUGACGCCAGUGACAAUGACAUUGCACAUCUGAACCCACGGAUUGGUCUUUUAGGCGGCACCGGCAACUUAGAGAGACUGAACGUCACAGGAAACCGUUUUAGGGUUCCCAGAUGGAACGUCUUGGAUCGCGGGACCGAAGCAACACUCCGAUGGCUCAGGGGGCGCGUGCCUUAUGCAGAAAUGGCAGAAUGGAGGGCAAAGGCCGGUAAUGCGGAAGAAGACGACUUUGCUGAACUUGAUUGA